AGUGGCCCACUUGUACAAUGGCGUCCUAUCCAACAGUACUAUACGUGUACGGUAGACAAGCCGAAAAAGGAGACAAAACUCAAGGGUCUCAAGAGUUUUAUUGCCUAUUCACUCACUUCAACGCUUAGUCGAAUACAGGUUUCUCGACGUUACAAACAUUUUGAUUGGUUACAUGAUCAAAUGUCUGCAAAAUAUAUAAUGAUUGCCAUUCCACCACUACCUGAGAAACAAGUGUCAGGGCGUUACGAAGACGAUCUCAUUGAUCACAGGAAACAUAUUUUGCAAUUAUGGGUGAACAAGAUUUGUCGUCAUCCAGUACUGAGCCAAAGCGAGGUAUGGCUGCACUUCAUUACUUGCACUGAUGAGAAGGAAUGGAAGAACGGUAAGAGGAAAGCGGAAAAGGAUGAAUAUGUUGGUGGAAACUUUUUCAACUGUGUCACAUUCCCACAAUCUUCACUAGAUCUCAGCAAUGUCGAACGUCAAGUGGAUAAGUUCCAGCGGAGCGUGAAAACUACUGAAGACGCAAUGAGAGUAAUGCAAGAACGAUUAGGCAUAUUUCAGAAACUUUUCGUUGGACGUGAGUGUGACAGUUUUAUGUAUUUUCUUCGUAACUUCAAGGUUUCAAAAUUCAGCUGUAAAAUCCAAUUGGCAAAAAAUGGCUCUAGCCUUUGUGACGUUGGCGCAGUCAUUCCACACUGA